CAAUCAAGCUAGAGAAAUGGCUGAAAAGCUAGAAGAUUUAAACCUACCACUCACAGUCGUCACUCGAAUAGUGAAAGAAACAUUACCGGAAGGAAUACAGAUCUCAAAAGAAGCUCGUACCGGACUUGCUAAAGCGGCGUCAGUUUUCGUGUUGUACGUUACCUCAGCAGCUACUAAUAUUGUUAAAAAUAAGAACAAGAAGUCUUUAACCGGCCACGAUGUGUUAGAAGCCAUGAAAGAUAUAGAAUUUGAUCGUUUUGUGGAACCGUUGAGUGAAGCUUUGGAAACGUAUAAACAAGCCAUGUCGGCGCGAAAAUCGGGCGCGGGAAAAAAGAAAGACGAAGAUGAAGACACAGAAGUAAUAGAAGAAGAAUGAUGCGAUAUUUGGAUGUGUAGUGUUAAGU